AUGUCGCCUCGCAGCGGCAACGCGUGGGCUGUCAUGAAAGCUCGCGAGAAGAAAAAACAACAGCAAGAGCGACAGCAGCAGCAGCCAACGGACUCUGCAAAAGCAUCCACCUCCACCUCCCACAAACCCCCCAUCCUAGACUACCCCAGCUCCAUCACAUCUCGCGAAUCAUCAUUCAGCUCCUCCCACGACGCGAAGCUCGACCAGGUCCUGGCCAGCCACCAUGCUCAGGACCAGGACCAAGUCUUUUCCUCGUCCUUCGUGAGCACGACCACCGAAGCAGAUAGUCCCAGAGAGAAAGGCCAACGCGUCGAGAACGAGACCAAACAUUCCCGUGUCGCGGCCCUGCGCACGAAGUUUAGUCUUAGGGAUAUUGGGGAGGUUCGGAAGGGGCAGGGAGUUUCCGAUUUGUCUAGAGAUGAGAGGCCCUACAGUGGCACGACGACGCUUCAGAAUAGCUUUGAUGAGGACGUUCUUAUGCCUGAGAAGCCGGACCCAGGUGUUUAUUUGCAGUCUGCGCCUGGUUCUCAGAUGUCGUUGGGUAAGAAUCUUGAUCUGGCUGCCCAGCUGCCUACUCAGGACGAUGAGAGUCUCGAGAGGAUCAGGAAGCAAAAGGCGAAGCAGAAGAAUUCUACGGAAGAUGAUGCGACUGACCAGAUCGACGCUAUGAUACUCGAGGCAGCUGAAGCGCCUGCUGCUCGCAAGGGACAGUAUCUGAAUAGCGGACAGGCUGAAGUUGUCAAGACUCAGACUAGUGCUCAGAGCUUGAGAGCUGAAAGGGCUGAAUUCACGCCUGAGCCAUCCCCGGGGGUUCAUGGCGGAAAUGUGUCUCGCCUCGAACUGUCGAGCCCUCUUCCACCGCCGUCUCUCUGUCAACUGAAACCUUCCAACUCUCAAGACACAUCAAAGAUCAUCCCAAACACAACAACCCACGGCGGCUCCGCCCCCUCUCCCCCAGACCCAACCUACAACAACACCAUAACCCUCGACCAACAACUCCACUCGCACGUCCAAGCCCUGCACCACCACCUAAACAGUGUCGUGAACCGGCUCACAAAGACAUUCGAAUCCUCGAAUAACUGGACGAUGGACCAGAUUCUGAGGAAUGUCGAGGUUCUGUCUGAUACGGCGCGGGUUAUGAAUGCGAGGUCUGCGGGGUUGAGUGAGACUGUUGCUGGGGUGCAGAGGGGGGUAAGGGAGCUUGGAGAGAGGGAUGAGGUGCUGAAGGGAGAGGUUAGGGGGGCUGAGGAGAGGUUGAUGGGUGUUUUGAGGGAGGAGGUUGGAAGGUUGAGGGUUGAUUUGGGAUUGGAUGCGUUUCCUAUGCCUCCGACUGCGCUGGGUGUCCCAGAGAUGACAGGCGCGAGGCAGUUGCGUCCAAAGGAGCAGGACAUGUCUGGAGGAGGGCAUAACAAAGGAACCGACAGUCUAACUGAGGAUGGAAUGAUACAGGUGAAACCAGAUGCACCUUUGCCCUCCACGCCCGUUCGAAAGAAAGAAACCAAUCCACCACGCAGUGGCUCAUCAGCUCGCAAAAAUCGAGCCCAAGAAUCCUCCGGCAGCCCCGAACCCAGACCUACAGUUGACCGGACAUUCUCUCUCGAUGCCGUCUCUGAAAACAGCCAAUCCACUUUGCAACCACUGCAGAAGCAAAAGACAGAAGGCUCUGUUCCAAGCGAAGAGGGCACAAAAACACCUCAUAGAAAAGGCAUGUUUGGUUUUCGCAGACGGCGCGAUACAGGCGACAACCAGUCCUCGUCGUUUUCAUCCAGCAAAUUCCUGCGUACGCCACGCCGAAACAAGGACAAAAACAAUGACAAGGACAAACCCAGCAAGAAAGUUUCAUCCGAAGGUCUCAAGAAGGCUGAACCCGUGUCUGAUUCUACAAUCGCACCACCCUCCACACCACCAGUCCCCAAAGUCCCAGCCAACCUGGCCCAACCACAACCACAACAACAGCCAUCACACCUGCAACCACCAACAAAGGCCGAAAAUAUGAGCCCAAGCGCCAUCCACCCCGCCCUCCGCAACCCGCGCCAACAGCAAAUCAUGCGCGAACGCGAACAACGCCUUCACCAACAACAAACCAGACUGCAGCAACUCAAUUACAAUUACCGCACGAACCAACUCCCAUUAUCUUCAACAUCAGCGGCGUUAAUUCCCCAACGAAGCCUUCGAGGCUCAAGAUCCCACCAGGGUUUCAGAUCAAAGGUCUCCGCGGUACCAUCUUCGGCUUCGGCUUCGUUGUUUAAUGAUUCGGGGUUCGGUGCGCGGAGAUCACCUUCGUUAUCUAUGAGGAUGGAUUCGGAUAUGGGGUAUCAGUGGAUUCCGGGUCUACCACCUCCUGGGUAUAUGUCUACUGCUAGAUAUAUUUCUCCUUCGGGGAGUUGUUUGCCUGAGCCGCCGCGGUUUGGGGCGAGGGGUGGUUUGCAGGGUCAUGGUCAUGGUCAUGGACGUGGACAUGGACAUGGUAGGCCUUUGGGGUCUCGGGAGGGUAGUUCAUCUUCGGUUGUGCCGCGGAGAGGGAGGGGAGCUAGUCCGAUGGGUUCUACGCGUGGUUCGGCUGAGGGUUAG